AUGAAACGCCGGAAACCGCCGGCGCAGCUUCUCGUUGGUUCCAAAUACGGGCCGGAGCAGCCGAGACACUUCGGGCAAAACCUAGCGCGUAAUCAAGUUCCAGAAUGGGCGCGAUCCUACAUCGACUAUAAAGCCCUGAAGAAGUUGAUCAAAACGGCUCGUCUGCAGUCUGAAUCGGAGGGCUCGGAGCCGGAUUUGGCUGAGUUCUUUUACACUCUUGAUCGUCAGCUCGAGGAUGUCGAUACCUUUUACAACCAAAGAUAUGCCGAACUCUCCCGUCGUCUGCGCCUCUUGUUCGAGCGAUACGAUGGAUUGGAAAAGGAGGACCUGGAGGAUUUGAUGGGCGCUCUGCUUGAGUUGCGCGGACAAUGCAGGAAGCUGCAGUGGUAUGGAGAGGUCAACCGCCGAGGUUUCGUCAAGAUCACAAAGAACCGAUACCUGACCACUCGCGUGGAUCCGAAGCAGUUUGCGACCAACAAUCGUCUCACAUUGGACAUGCGGAACAUCAACGAAUGGCUCUCAAGCUUGAAUGAUGUCAAAGUCCCCGACGACGCAAGCUCAAUACAUUCCGGUAGUUCACACUCAUUACGUCGGAUGGGGUCGAAGGGCAACCUGCAGAUUCCUUCGGCGGUCCUGGAGGCUAUGGAUACUGCCCUCUACACGAAUGCUUCUGCCAAUUCAAGUCCUGCUUCACAAAGAGGUUUGCUGCUGGAUUUGUUGCAGCGUGCCAUUGCUUUCCUGAGUCGAGCGCCGACUCUCGAUCCAGAAGACGAUAUGAAUCAGCGGAACUGCCUUCACCGCAUGGUAAUUGCCACGGGACGGUCCAGGGCGCUGGAUAGCUCCGGUGGAGUGGACGACAUAGCGAAAGGCACUUCCUAUAUCCACGCGGCGCAGCAUCCUGAGCGCGAUCCCGCGGCCUAUUUCAGUGAUGAUGAUGAAGCGAAGAAGCUCCUGAUAUUCGUACUCGACAAGCUCACACCAGCUCAGCGGCCUGCCGUGAGAAGCAGGGAUAUAUACGGUCGAACGCCUCUCCACUACGCUGCGCAGUACGGUCUUGUGUUUGCAACUGAGACUUUGAUGUCACGAAUGCAAGACUGGCACCUCUUUGACAUCGCCGAAGGAGAUGAGGAAGGCUUUGCGCCGCUGCAUCUUGCUGUCAUUGGCGCAUUAUUGAUGGUGGACGAUUGGCACAAAUUCACAGAUCAUCGCUUGACAAGCAAGCAUGUGGAGAAGAGCAGCGCCAACUUCCACAAGAUCGUCAAGCUUUUGGACGAACAAGGUGAAACGGCAUUGCAUACUGCUGCACGUUUUGGUCACGAAGAAUGCGCUCGUGCUCUCCUGGCGAAUACGGGCGCAUUCCGCCCCGAUGUAGAGAUUGCCGAAAAGACUUUUGGCUGGACGCCACUGUUCAUUGCUUGCGUCAAUGGACACCUACCGAUCGUGAAACUCUUGAUCGAUUGUGGGGCACAGACGAAUGUUCGUGACUCAUCGACAUGGUUACCACAAGAGCACGCCGCUCUACGCGGACAUCUUGAAGUGGCGAGAUAUCUUGCGUCACUAACGCCACCUCCAAGUCAAUUCACGAGCCCAGAGAUACCGGCGCAACUAUCUUCAUCGCCGCCAAAGACAUCGUCGCUUGGUGACAAGCGCUCGCACGGUGGACCGAAAGACACGAGCAAUACUCUCGCACGCUUACCAGAGCCCAUGAAAGCGUUCGGUCAUCGUUAUCUCACGGAUGAAACUAUGGUGCUCGUUAGUCUUGGAACUUUGGAUGAGCACAAGAGCAUAGGACCAAUAAACCUCGAUAGCAUCGCGCUUGCGGAUGCUCAUGCCACACAGCUUGAUACCGCAUUGUCGCUAGUCGUUUCAGCCCAAGGCGCGAACGGCGAAUCGCAGGUCAUCGAUCUACCGAUUCAGGAGGAGAUCAGCACAUCGCCCAUCACUUUCACAACAAAAGAUCCUUCAAAAGUCAAAUUGCUGUUCGAUCUCGUCCCGACGUAUGCUGGGUCAAAGGAUAAGGUCAUUGCUCGUGCCGUGGCUCUCCUGUCAAGCAUCAAGCUCGAUGUGGGCACGAAGCGUAUGUCACUUCAGACUGAUCUCAGUGUGCCGCUCAUCGCCGGAAGCAGUCUUGAAGUCAUCGGAUCAAUCAACUUCAACUUCCUCAUCAUCACGCCUUUCAAACAUCCCAAGAUGAGCAUUACUGAAGAGAAGACGUACUGGACGAAAUCUUCAACGAAGGUCAUUGGUCAUCGUGGCCUGGGCAAGAACAUGACAACCAAGACAUCUCUACAGCUCGGAGAGAACACAAUCCAGUCUUUCAUCACCGCUGCCAAUUUGGGGGCAUCGUAUGUCGAAUUCGACGUCCAAAUGACUAAAGAUCUGGUGCCUGUCAUUUACCACGACUUCCUAGUCAGCGAGACUGGCGCAGAUGUGCCCGUACAUACUUUGACAUUGGAACAAUUCCUAGCACUUAGUGAAGCACCAAAAGCCAGUCGUUUCGAAGAUCCAUCCGACCAACCCGCAAACUCCGCGAGUAAACCAGGCGAAGAGCGCGAUCCACGUACCCGCCGCCCUAAGCGCUCCUACUCCGUUGGCGGCCCCGUCGCCCCCGACCAAACCAAAGAACGCAUGAAACACACGCGGGACUUCAAAAAGAAAGGUUUCAAAGCCAACAGCCGGGGCGAUUUCAUCCAAUCGCCCUUCACCACGCUCGAGGAGAUGUUCCGCACGUUGCCCGAAGAAGUCGGCUUCAACAUCGAAAUGAAAUACCCGAUGCUCUUCGAGAGCGUGGCCGAGGAAAUGGACACCUACGCCGUCGAACUCAACUCCUUCGUCGACACUGUCCUCGCCAUGGUCUACGACCGUCGCGGCAAGCGCAACAUCGUCUUCUCUUCGUUCCAUCCGGAUAUCUGCCUGCUGUUGACCUUCAAGCAGCCCUCGAUCCCCGUUUUGUUCCUCACCGACGCGGGCGUCAGCGCCGUCGGCGACAUUCGCGCGUCCAGCCUACAGGAAGCCGUGCGCUUCGCCUCGAGAUGGAGCCUGCUGGGCAUCGUCAGCGCCGCGGAACCGCUGGUGCUGUGUCCAAGACUGAUCGGUGUGGUGCAGAGCUCGUCGCUCGUGUGUGUCAGCUAUGGCACGCUGAACAAUGACCCCGUGAACAGCAAUCUGCAGGCGCAGGCGGGCAUCGACGCUGUCAUUGUGGACAGCGUGGCCCGUGUGAGGAAGGGUUUGACGGAAGCGGAAUAUGCGGCUGCCAAGGAGGCGGCUAGUCAUAAUCUUGCGGUUGAUGGGCUGGCGAAACCGGUGGCGGAUUUGAAGUUGGCGGCUUGA